ACUCACCCAGUCGUCGUCGACUGAGACUCGUACAGAAAUUUGAAACCUGGUCAAAAGUUUUACUUGCUUUCAAAGGAAGAACGCGAGUGGUGGUGAAGCAAAGGGAAGAAGACGGAGAUGGCGAAAUCUUCAGCUACGAAGCAAGCGGCGAUUGUGCUCGGAGCCCUGGCGGUCGGAUGGUUGGCCAUAGAGCUCGCCUUCAAGCCCAUCCUUGACAAGGCCCGAUCCGCCAUGAACAAGUCUGACCCGGCCCGCGAUCCCGACGACGACGUCGUCGAGGGGGAGGAUACCGCCACCAAGACUGACGAGACCCCCAAGGAUGCUUGAGGUAGUUCAAUUGGGGAUUUUUGAGCUUGUGGGAUUUCAAUUUUUAGUUUAUGUUAUGUUAUUAUUCACCAGUUUGCUCUUAAUUUGAACUCUGUGCUGUAUUAAACCCUAUCUAUUAUGGAUUUCUGUGCCUUAUUGAAACCUUUGGCAUCGAACUAUGCUUCCAUGGAUGAGAAUUAUUUAGUUGAA